AUGACUUCAGAGAAGCCUGCCUCUCGUUUUAUCGAGACGGGCGUGCUCCAGCCGCCCAGUCCGACCAUGGACUCUGCCACGCUCAAGAGGCUUGAAGCUGGUGACCAUGGACCGCCGUCACCUGCUGCCCAGCUACCUUCGUUCAUGAUGCAGCAGAAAUCCCCAGAGAUGAAGAGAGGACCGCUCACGAGAUCUUCGAACAGCUCCUACUCGGGCACGCCAGCUGUGAUGCAGAUUCCCGAUGCCACGGCUGCGGAUCUGCCAGUUGUCGCAAAGUACAUUGCCCGUCGAGCAACUUUACUGGGUUGGUUCGAUGAACCUGCCGCUGCUGCUAUGACCAGUGGCUGGUCAUCAACAUGUAUUGCGCUCAAGAAGCCUGAUGGCUCUUACCUCUACAAUCCAGAUGACCCAAGCCCUGACCUGGCGGCAGCCAUCGGUCGCAUGAACGAAGCUGCUGUCGUCUCAAUGUCGUCCGAGGUGACCAACGCAGUUCUCGAUACCAUCAAGCCUGAGCAGGCGUGCCUUGUCAACGAAGACACUGGUGCUCGCAUUCCCAUCGUUGCAACCCUCAAUGAUAUCCAUGACUCACUUGUGCACCUCACCAGCGCAUGCAUUGUUGUCCAAGAGCGAUGCGUACUGAUUUGGUCACACGAGGCGAGAACCGUUCUCAACGUUGCACACAAUGUUGAGAAGCAGAUGUUGGGUUUUAUCGUUGGUCCCAACAUGCCCCAAGGUCUGCUGGCUCAGACCGAGGAGCAUUCCGUUGAGAAUUAUCACACGCCCGUUCGUGGUGCGAUUGAUGAGAACAACGAAGUCUACCAAGCUGCCAUCAAAGUCGAAGAGGGAGGCGACGAUGACGACGGUGACAUCGAGGGCAAAGCGCUCAAGCGUCCCACUCUGCUCAUUCAUUCAUUCAGAAUCGGUAUUGUUAUGAUUUUGGUUAUCCUGACCCAGAGUGUGGGUGUUUCGAGACUCAUCCGACAAUGGUCUUGGGAUGGUGAUUACAAGCGUUUUGCAUUGGCUGCUGUCAUUCCUCCUCUCAUGAUUCUCUCGCUGUUCUUCUUCAUCGUUGUCGUCAGUAGUGUCUUUCAGCUUCUUCUCCCAGCUGGAAUCUGUUUGAAGAACUCAAAGUUCCACUCUGCUAUCAAGCCCAACCCCAAGCGAUACAAGGACUACCAGCUUCCACACAUCACUGUUCAAAUGCCUGUCUACAAGGAAGGUCUUCGAGGUGUCAUUGUCCCAACAAUGGUCUCGGUCAUGGCUGCCAUCCAACACUACGAGAACCUAGGUGGCACAGCUUCCGUCUACAUCAACGAUGACGGUAUGCAGUGCAUCCAGCCUGAACUCGCCGCCGCCCGUAAGCAAUACUAUCGCGAGAACGGUAUUGGUUACUGUGCCCGUCUUCCCAACAAGAAGAGCCCCAAGGGCAAGGGUGGCUUCUCUUGGUUCAAGCGUUCUCCUCCUGUGGACCCUGAGGUUGAUAACCAGGAUGAAAGCUCUCGUUCUCCUCAGGGUCGCGCCAAUGCACUUGGCUUCGAGCGAAAGGGAAAGUUCAAGAAGGCUAGUAACAUGAACUACUGCCUUGCCUUUUCCAACCGAGUCGAAGAUGAGAUGCUGAGGCUCACUGACCUCGAGUGUCAGAAUCGUGGCUGCAACUACGAGGAGUUGAGCGCUGAGGAUGAUGAUCGUCUCUAUGACCAGGCUCUACAGAACAUGGUUGAUGCUGAUGAGGGCAAGACCUGGGCUGAAGGUAAUAUCCGCAUGGGUGAGAUUAUUCUUCUUAUCGACUGCGAUACCCGUCUCCCCGUCGACUGUCUUCUUUACGGUGCUCUUGAGAUGUACGAGAGUCCCGAGGUCGCUAUUCUGCAACACGGAUCAGGCGUCAUGCAAGUCGCCCACAACAUUUUCGAGAACGGUAUCACAUACUUCACCAACGUCAUCUACACAGCCAUCAAGUACGGUGUUGGCACCGGUGAUGUCGCUCCCUUUGUCGGCCACAACGCCUUCCUUCGCUGGAAGGCUGUUCAGAGCGUUGCCUUUGUUGAUCCUUCGGACAAGGUCACCAAAUGGUGGUCUGACGCGCACGUCUCUGAGGAUUUCGACAUCAGUCUGAGGGUUCAGAUGGCUGGUAUGGUUUGUCGUCUGGCUACCUACCACAAUGGUGGUUUCCAGGAGGGUGUUUCUCUGACCAUCUACGAUGAGCUGAACCGAUGGGAGAAGUACGCCUAUGGAUGCAACGAGCUUGUGUUUCAUCCUUUCUAUCAGUGGAUCUACAAGGGCCCUGUCACCAGGCUCUUCAUCCGAUUCCUCUGGAGCAACAUGCCAGUUUCCAGCAAGAUUUCCAUCAUCGCCUACAUAUUCACUUAUUACGCCCUUGCUGCUGGUCUUCUCCUCACGAUGAUCAACUACGUCCUCGUCGGUUUAUUUUUCUACGAUCUCGACCAGUUCUACAUGCCCUCAUGGGGCAUUUGGGUCUCCCUUCUGGUCGUAUUUAACGGCAUCGGAACGGUCGCGACCAGCAUGACUCGUCACCGUCUCAAGGAAAAGUCAUUCUGGACGGCUAUCCUCGAAGCAGCCAAAUGGCUUCCCUUCCUCCUUCUCUUCUUUGGUGGCAUCAGUAUCAACUGUGCCAAGGCUCUUUUGUGUCACGCCUUUUCCAUUAACAUCGAAUGGGCGUCGACGUCCAAGGAGCUGGGUCCUACUGGUAUCUACAUCGGUCUCAACAAGAUGAUGCACCGAUUCAAGUACACAUUCCUUAUUUGCAUAGCCCUCUCCGGUGGCAUGAUCUACAUGGCCAUCGGUGCUCCCUGGGGCUGGACUAUUGCGCCUGGGAAGUUUUCAUCUGGAACAUUUGCUAUCGUACCGCUGGCUGUCCAGAUUGGUUGCUCCUUUUGCUUGCCGCUCUUCCUCGGCUUGACAUAA